ACAAGAUAGAAACUCGAAGAUGAUGACAAUGAUUUGAUCAGAACCCAAGAAAAAACUUCAAAGGAAAAUAAAUUCUUUUUCCAUCUCGUAUAUACCAAAAAGAGCACAUCGAAAUUGGCGCCCCUUUUUUCCCCUUUCCCUCUCAAUCUCCACUCUUGCAAACAGUGAAAAAAAAGGAAGUGGAAAACUGUUUCUUUUUCUGAUUUGAAUUUCAUACUCCUUACUAGCAGUAUAAUUCGUGACCGUUAAAAAAAAAGAGCGGCAUGUCAGCGCGUAGGCGUACCUUGCUCAAGGUCAUCGUUCUCGGGGACAGCGGGGCUGGCAAGACGUCGUUAAUGAAUCAAUAUGUGCACAAGAAAUUUAGUCAGCAAUAUAAGGCUACAAUUGGUGCCGAUUUCGUUACCAAAGAACUCCAGAUUGAUGACAGGCUUGUCACUCUGCAAAUAUGGGACACGGCUGGGCAAGAAAGAUUUCAGUCACUUGGAGUUGCAUUUUAUAGAGGAGCAGAUUGCUGCGUUCUAGUUUAUGAUGUGAAUGUCAUGAGAUCAUUCGAUACUCUUGACAACUGGCACGAAGAGUUCCUUAAACAGGUUCACCGUUGCUUUUCUUCAUUGUUUCUAUCAACGAUUUUUUUCUUUACCAUUUGUCGAUACAGGUUUGAGUAUUUAGUGUCUGUAUUGGGAAGUGUCACGUGUUUAUGGUAGUAAAAUAAAGCAGUGGAUUAAUUUGGCCUGUGCUACUUGCUCAUAAUCUUGGCUGUGGCAGCAGUUCUGGAGAAUGGUUGACUGCCUUCUUCUGCCCCUGGAAUUUAUUAUUACAGCCUUGAUAAAGUUGGAGUUUCUUAUGCGAUGAGUAAAUGGUUUGCUAGACAAUUAGCCAUCACUUUAUCUUUUUAGGGAAACUUUUUAAUGACUGCAACAGAUAAAAUAAAUUAUAAUGGUAAACUAGUUAAAAGUGGCGUUCUGUCCACUCACUUGUCAAAGCUGCUAUAACACAGAUGUAUAUAGGUGCUUAAGGCUUCUUGAUUCCUCAAAUUAUCCCCGCACAUCUGAUUCAAAUUAUCCCCACACAUCUGAUUGAUUCUUUUGAUGGACAUUGACAGGCUCUCAAUCUUUUUGAAUUGAACAUCACCAAUGGUUUUUUUCUGGUGUCGUUUGCAUUGGGGUUUCUGUCUUCUGCAAGAUCUUUUUUUUGAAUGAUGAGUGUGCAAAUCAAAUUGUUUUUUAUUUUUUAUGUUUUUUUAUCUAACUUGUGUGUUGGGAUGUGAUGGGCUGGGGUGGAUAUUUGGGUUUUUUCUGGUGUCUUGUGCUUUGGGGUUUCUGUCUUCUACAAGAUAUGUUUUAGAAUGAUGAUUUUGCAAAUCAAUUUUUUUUUUCUAACUUAUGUGCUGGGAUGUGAUGGGCUUGUGUGGAUAUUAGCACCAAGGGAUAUUGAUAAUGUUUAAGUAACACGGUCUGCUAGUGAAUUGGGGCGUAGGGGGUUAUUCCCUUUAUAUUGGAUAUUGUGGUCUCUUUUGGAAUGCUCCAUAUUACUUGGAUUGUACCAAUGGAUUGGGGCAUAUGGAAUUUUCAUCACAUGCAAUUGGGUCCAGUUUCAGUAACGAGGGAAAUGAUAAUUUCUGAGUAUUAUACUUAUGCUAAUGGUCCAUGGUGUAGGAGGUUUCCUUUUAUGUUAGAUAUUUUAAUUUUUCUUGGAAUGCUCUAUUUAGUCACUCCAACUCUGUUGCUCGACUCUGAAAUAAGCAUACAGUAGACCAAAUUAAGAUGAUUUAUAUUUUCAGGCUUUGCUUCAGUGGGGUUCUCUAAAAUCUGCGUGGAUUUUGCCAGGAGUUUGUGUAAAGAUAAUAAUUCUGUUACUUGGUGGUUAACGAAUAGAAACAUUUUGCUUUCCCUAGGGAAUUUGUCAAGGAUACUGACAGCUUUUGUGGAAAUGCCUCAAUUUAUCUAACUUGGUAAAGGUGAACCAUCUCAAGGCAGAAUUUUGUGGAAACGCAUCAAUUUCUUUGACUGGGCAUUUCAUGUUAUAUAAUGGAUUAGGGUAAUCCUACCUAUUUUGGCCAUUCG